UUUUUCAGAUUUCUUUCUUCUUGGCAUCGGUUCCUUCAAGUCGUGGUAAUCUGCUCUUCGAUAGUCCGAAUGUAAUUAAAAGAUGACUUCUAUGACCAGCCCGUUAACCUGAUGAAUAAGAAGUCCCCACACGAUAAGGAUGAGCCCUCCGAUGUCCGAGGAGAAACGAAAGCUGAUCCCUGGUCUCCGUUCGACUUCUCCAAGUUCGACAGCUACCUGAAUAACUACAAGGACAAGCAGGAUAUAUCACCAGAGCAUAAUCGCAUUAGGAGGCGAGCCAGGAGGCGACGUGGACGCGGUGGCAGACGGCGUAGUCGUCAGCGAGCUACCACUAAUGCACCAGAUGAAGAGCCGAAGAAUGGCUCCAGUACCGAAGUGCCAGUCGCUCGCACCGGUGAGAUGGUGGAACGAAAACGUUCUUUUAGUAGAUCACCUAACUUUGACAUGUACGAGCCACCUGGCAAGGAUUGGGAAUCAGGUUACGUUGAAAUGCCAAAGGACUUGUACCAGGCACAUUUAAGGCCAGGAGUUAUAUUUAGAAUCCAUAUGUCUGAAGCCAUACUCAAAAUGCAGUACAGAAAUUACGGUGAAGACAAAGACGAAUCAGUAAUUGAAGCCGACGUAGAAUAUCUUCGGCUGACGAGGAAGGUCAUCAACGAUGAGAUCACCAAGUUUGAAGACCUGCAGUGGCUGAUUGGGUGGUUCCACAACCGAUCUUCUUUGAUACAAGAACAUAUGUGCAAUACGAGAUAUUAUACUGUUGGAACACCACCAACGAUGUUCACUCACCCAGAAGAGUACAUGAAGCGACUGUGUCUAUUCGAUAGUGUGUAUAUUGAUCAUAUACCGUAUGUCAUCGGCGAGGACAGCUCCCUUAUGGCUGCAGUGGCGCCACCUGUGUUACAUUGUGACGCCGCUACUUGCACUUCUGUACCUUUUAUUGACAGCGUAAUGUUUGACGAGCGCCUCCCUCGAACGAAUGUGCGCACUCUAACAAGGUGCCAAGCAUCAUGUCGGGCGCACUGCCGCAACGACCCGGAUUGUCUCAAACGAUGCUCCGACCGAUGUCUGAGGUCCGACUAG